AUGUAAAUAAAUAAAGUAUGUUGUUUUGGAGCAGGUUAUGUUGGAGGACCAACGAUGGCUGUGAUGGCAUCCAAAUGUCCAAAACAGACAUUUGUAGUUUACGACAUUAAUGAAUAGUAAAUUGAAAAAUGGAAUAACAAGCAAUAUCCAGUAUACGAGAAAAAUCUAGACGAAUAUAUAAAUUAAACAUUGAAUACCAAUUUAAUAUUCACAUGCGACAUUGAUAUUGCUUUGAAAGAUUGUGACAUCGCCUUUCUAGCUGUCAAUACUCCAAGUAAGAAGUAUGGACUGGGAGCUGAAUCUUCAUUGGAUAUAUCAUACAUCGAUAGCUGUCUCCAACAGAUCAAAAAAUACCCUCUAACAAGAAAGUUAAUAUUGGUUGAAAAAUCAACUGUUCCUAUCAAAACCUGCGAUUAUAUAAAUGCUGUUUUAAGGGAUAAGAAUAUUUGUGUUCUAUCAAAUCCAGAAUUCCUAGCUGAAGGCACUGCUAUACAAGAUCUCCUUAAUCCAGACAGAGUGAUUAUUGGUGGGGCACUCGAAUCCGCUUAGUAGUUGGCAUCAUUGUAUGAAUAGUGGGUACCAAAAGAGAAAAUCAUCUUCACCAACAUAUACUCGGCUGAGUUAAGCAAAAUUGUUGCAAAUUCUUUCCUUGCUCAAAGGGUUUCUUCAAUUAAUAGUAUAUCGAUAAUAUGCGAUAAAAUUGGUGCUGAUGUUAAUGAAAGUAAUUUGAUCAGACUCUCUUAAUUUAUUAGUUUCCUAGUGCGUAGGGAGCGAUAGUAGAAUUGGUAAUAAGUUUCUGAAGACAUCGGUGGGAUUUGGGGGGUCCUGUUUAAAGAAGGACCUGCUUUGUUUAAUUUACUUGUGUGAGUCACUUUAGUUGGAUGAAGUUGCACAAUAUUGGAAAUAAGUGUAUAUACUUAAUGAGUUUCAAAAGCAGCGGUUCUAUAACUUAAUCACUACCUCAAUGUUCAACACUCUUAGAAAUAAGAUCAUUGUUAUUUUGGGAGUGGCAUUUAAGGCCAAUACCAACGACACAAGGGAGAGUGCCUCUUUGAUGAUCAUCCAAAAGUUAUAAGAAGAACAGGCCAUACUAAGGGUCUAUGAUCCUCAAGGUAAAAUAGACAAGUUGGAACAAUGUUAGAGUUUAGAUGGCAUCUUCCAAGGGGCAUCUGCCAUAGUGAUAUUGACAGAAUGGGAAGAGUAAGAAUGAGAGUAUCUUAUGAUAGGUUUACAAAAAUAGAUUAUGCUCAGGCCUAUGAUGAAAUGGCCAAGCCUUCCUAUUGUUUCGACGGCAGGAAUUUAUUAUAGGGGGAGGUGAUGAAGUCCCUUGGGUUUUUAUAUUAUGGAUUAGGUAGAAUGUGA